CCUCCUGAUGUCUCCUCCUCUCUGGGAGGAACGAGACGGGAAGAGGACGAACAAACGGAGAAAUAACGGAGGCGGGAAGAAGGCAAAAGUGUGGAAACGAAACUUAACUCUGAGACCAGACGGAUGUCCAGUCUCUGAUGCUCUGAGAUGGAAGAAAAUCUGAGAUUGACUCUCGCCGUGGUUCUGCUGGCCUUUUUUGUGGGUUAUUUGUAUGAUCGAAAGGAGCCCGAGGAGGUUUUCCCGACACCAGGACAGAGAUCAGAACUUCCCAGUCACCUUCCUCCACCUGGUCCAUGCACUUGUCCUGAAGGCUCAUCAAUUCUCAAAACUUCUAUACCUGAGAACCAGUAUGAGGAGCUGCUGCAACGCCGAGCUAAGGAGUUCCAGAAGUACAAAGCCAGGACAUCAUCUGUACUAUCCAGACUGCUGUUUGCUUUGCCGAACUCCCCUCUGCAGUAUCCUAUCCAGGGUUACACAGUCCGGCCUUUGACAGCCACUCUCAUACCAGGUUUAGGUCUCUAUGCAGGAGAAAGAAACAGCUACAAGGUGUCCCUGAACGUGUCCAAAGGCAUCCUGACCACAGAGGCUCCAGCUGAAGGAGUGACAGUGAAAGGAGCUGGUGAGAAGGAACUGAUCCUUGAGUCCAGCAGUCUGGUGAGCCUCAAUGACCUGCUGUCCAAAGUGUCCUACAGCAGCACCGCCUACCAUGUAAACGCUGGAGAUCUGGCAACCUUCCAGUUUGAAGACCACAAAGCCGUGUUUCCCAUUGCAAUCAGACAACCUCACCUGCCAGUGCUGUACGACAUGGGAACAGACAUCAGCUCUCAAGUCACCAUCACCACAAAGACCUUCCUGCGCUACGACAAACUGAACGUGCUGUUGAAGAGCAUCCGACGAUUCUACAGAAACGUUCCAGUCAUUAUUGCUGAUGACAGCUUGGAACCAGAGAAAAUUAGUGGAGAAAACAUCCAGCAUUACAUCAUGCCUCCAGCACAGGGCUGGUUUGCUGGCAGGAAUCUGGCAGUCUCCCAGGUGACCACAAAGUACUUUGUGUGGGUGGAUGAUGACUUCCUGUUUACGAAGGACACGAAAUUAGAGAAGCUUGUGGAGGUGAUGGAGGCGAUCCCUGAACUGGAUGUGGUUGGUGGUUCUGUACAAGGGAACCAGUAUCAGUUUGUUCUUGAGUAUGAGGAAGGAGAGGAAAUGGACGGUGGCUGCCUGAACCGGAGGAAUAGCACACGUUUCCACCCACUGCCUGGUUACCCACAAUGCUCUCUGACCAGCGGCGUGGUCAACUUCUUCAUGGCUCGCACAGAUUCAGCCCUAAAGGUGGGAUUUGAUCCAAAGCUCUUGCGGGUGGCGCAUUCAGAGUUUUUUAUGGAUGGCCUGGGCUCCCUGCUGGUUGCUUCGUGUCCUGACGUGGUCAUUGGCCAUCAAACAGAACCAAACAAGGAUCCUCGCUACACACGCUUCAGAACCCCUGAAGGGAAUGACAUUACGUACAAACUGCAGCUUCACUUCUUCAAAAACCACCUGAAGUGUGUCCGGUAUGGAUAGAUGACAGAAUAUGGACAUCAGGCCUAUUGGUUUCCGUUAUCUGCUUAAAAUCUCUUUAUUCACCAUUAUAGCUCAAGUUAAUGAAAACAGGACAUGCUACCUGGAGGUAAAAUUUGGAAAUGGUAUUGUUCUUUGUCCAAAUCAAACCUUAAAUUUGACACUUUUAAAAUUUUACAUCAUGAAAUAUUUGUGGAAGAAUCUUUUUUUGUGUUUCUAAAGGUGUGGCUGCAUUAGACAGAAACAAACACAAGUGACAUUUUUUGUUUGUUUACAAGACAAACUAACAAAACUAAAUUAUUGAUAAUUUCAAUCUGUCAGUUCUCAACAUGGUUGGUAUCAAAGUCAAACAGGUUAGGUUUCUAUGGAGGAUUUUGAAUUGAUGGCGAGCUACCCUUGAACAAACUGGAAAACAGUUGGUUAGAUUCACCCCUUCACCCAUCCCACUGUUGGCAGGCCUCAAUCCUCACAGCUUCAUCCCUUCCCCAAUGGUGUGGUAGGACUUGCUUGGUUAGAUUUGUUCCAGUUGGUCAGGAUUUGUUCAUAGACUUGUUUCAUGGAUGAAUUAUUUUGAUUAACACCAUUGGCAACAGUGGACCCACACUCACCUGAAUUUAAAACUGUUGUUGAACUGAACAUAGCACUGUGACUUUAAUUGUUAAAAGUGAAGCUGCUGAAUUACAGGUGAAUGUUUGAUUUAUUCUCACUCUGAUUUGUUGUUAUUGUUUUGUUCUAUUAUUUUGGUUAUUGUUUUGGCUUGAUGUAUUUUCUGUUGAUUAUUUUUUAAUACAUUACUGGUAACCUAA